AGUUUCGUUUUGUCCGAGCCGACACCUAGGUGGCGACAGAGCUGGGCUGGCUGGGCUGCGAUCAUCUGAUAUAAGCAUAUAAGUUCUGCGGCUGUGAACUGCAGCUUGCGUAGACGAGAUCGGGCUUGGUGCUUACGUGUUGUUAAGUGUUUUUGUUUUGCUUUUCCAUGGAUUGUUGAAGUGCCCGAGACGUAUGAAAGAUGUUCGUCAAGUGUACUAGGAACGCGUUCGCGCUGCUGGCGAUUUCGGUCGCACUAUGCUGCUCUGAGCCAGUCUCCCCAACGCCAUCCGCUGAGGCGGACUCCUGCGAAGGUGCCUGCAACCGGACGUAUCCGGAACACACGUACCCCGACGCGAAGCACCUCAACGCUUGCAAAAAAGGAUGCAGUCUCUUCACAGAGUGCGGCUACAACGCCGUAGAAAACGACUGGAAUGCCACACUCAAGGCCUGCCUUAAUGAGUGUUCGACAGCCUACCCAGACAGUAACAUCCACUAUGCCUGCAACGGCGGGUGCCAGACGCAGUUCGACAAGGCCUGCAAGGAGAAGGACCAGAAGGAGUCGGAUGGAUCUGGUCUCAGCCUCAUCAUGUUUGUCCAGCGGAUCUACGAGACGGUGGUGUACCACUUCUGCCGCAUUCUGCGGCGCACAUUCCUUGCGGUCUACCUGCAGAAGGACACCGGGAACCUGGUUGUGGUGCGGGGCGAGAUGAGACCCGUGGCUAUUCUCGACCCUCAUGCUGGUGACUCUGAAGAGGAGCAGUCGGAUCCGGAAACGUCUACGGCUGCGGUCCGCACACCAGAGCCGACGCCGGUGCUGAGUGCCAGCGGCAAGGACCAGGUAGCUGCCAUCAGCCCGGAGGAGCCGACCACGAUGUCAUCGAGCUGGCUGGACUGCAUCUCGCGCCAGUCGGGCAUCCCGCAGUGGCUGCUCAUGCUGGUCCUCUUCCUGGUGGUGGUCACCAUGGUCUGGCUCUGCUGUGCCACCAUGGUCCGCUCGCCCACGCCCCAGCAGCAGCCCCCACCCUACUCGGCACAGAAAAUGGGAGUCAACGGAGACCUCGACUACCUCCUGAUGUACGACCCGUCGGAGCAGAUCAAGAUCCAGCCGCCACAGGAUCAAGAGGCCCCGCCCCUCCCGGUCAAGAUACCGCUGAACCAGAUAUGAACAUGACUGGCCGUUCGUCUCGAAACGCGCCCCCUGUUCCGACCAUUUGCAAUACCCCGAUUUUUUCCAGAACCGCUCUUUUGGCCCCUGCCACCCCCUCACCGGCAAACAGGACAGCCAAUGACGCUCUCCAUUUUUUUUUUCGCUUCUCAUGUUUAGUAUUGCAGCACUCGAAAACCGUUGCAGUGGAAUUUCCCGGGAGCAGUCCAGAGUGUUCACUCGCACCUGCUGACAGAUAAAUUAGUCCUGUGCAAGCAGGUUGCUUGGCAGUGCAGUUAGCUUGGUGCAGUAUGGGCACUUGUUGCUGAUGGGACGCGCGAUUAUCAUCAACUUUUUGGAUCGACAUUUGUCACAGGGCAGAUUGGAUGAAAAGAGCUUAGAAAUAAUUACAUAAAUUACUUUUUUUUUUUAUUUGACUGUUUCGGUAGAUGUGGACUACUCCCCAGACAUUCAAAAGUGCCAUAGAAGUUAUUUGGACGUUACUCUACUCAUAAUGUUUUUAGUUUUUCUAAAUAUACUAAAUAAUGUUUAAAAAUCUCUUUUUUUUUAAUGCUCUGACUAAAACUUGGAACAUGUGUGGCCUGUAGCAUGCUAGUUCUAGAUUGUUGCCUUUCAAUGACAGAGCAGUUUUGCCAUCUUAAGGACUCGUUAAAACUUGCAUUUUAAUGAUCUCAUGUGACAUUCCACAGGAUGAACUUAGCGAACGAUAGCUCAAAUUGCCUUGGUGUUCUUUUACUGCGGAUGACUCGGCACAUACUGUUGCCUGCAUUCGUACACACAUGGCUUAUUGGAAUAUAUGUCAUAUCAAAAUCAACUUCGUUCAGAGUAAAGCUAGCUUACUAUAGAUGAAUGCACGGCAUAUGGUAGUGGUGCCUUUUAGCAGAUUAGGUAUGAAUUACGUCGGGCUGCAAUGUGGACAGUCACUUCAUUGCCUGUUUGCACCUGCAAGCACAUGCCAAGAUUAGGGAAGUUAGCGCUGCUGCCGUGAAUGGUUUUUGCGAGCAGCUGAUCCUGCACUUCUAGUGCAUUCACCGCGAACGAAGUACAUAAACACAUUUUGAAGGCCGGCCCAUUGAAUCCACGUCAUUGGCAACACAGCCUUGCAUCGCUGCGGCAUGGAUGUAAUCGAAGCAUCCAUUUGUAUAAUGCACGAUGACUGACUCAAAUGUAGCACUUCAGGACUUUUUUCUUUUUUAUCUUGGUUUGCUUUUAUUUUUGAUUUUUUUGUCUCUCUUUUUGUGCACAUAUGUGCUUGUGCAGUAACUUCAAAAUAUGAAGAAAGAAAAGUCUAAAAAAGUGUGCCCAGUUUAGGUUUGGGGAUUUUAAGUUGUUGUGCUUGCUUUCAAAGCACCUUUUGCUGUGUGUGCUGUUUUGUAAAGUGAGUGUUUUGGUUUAGGGUAUUGCCCUUCUUUUCUUUUUAUUAGCUUUGUGUCGGUGGAAGUUUCCUUCGCUCCAUAAGCAGAAAGUACUGCGCCGCUCUUGCCAUCUAGUCGAGAGAUGUUUAAUGGCAGAGAAAGGCACUCUGCUUCGAUGCCCAACAAUGCAUAGGUCCCCGUCUCGUGACACUGUAACCAGGCUUACUUCUGUGCGCAUCUUCAGAAAGCAUUGUUCCCAACGAGAUCUUCUCCGGUCAUCAGCAGAGAACUCUGCUGACUUGGUGCAGGAUUUGCCAUUUCUUGCAAUCGCCCAGCAAAGCACUUUGCAGCGAGUUUAGCAAUAGGGAAUGUAUAGUGGUGUUUAAUUUCAGUUUCUUAGUAGGUUUGCCUAGGCAAAGUUUUUCUCUUAUUUAAUCCAGCAAUACAGUAGUCAGCAUUGAACCUAAAUAAAGGUGUAACGACAUUAGCACUUUCAAUACACUUUGUACAGAUGCUGUGCUUUCUGCUUUCUUUUUUUUUUUUUUUUUUUUUAAGGAUAUUUUUAUGUGCAUCGAAGUUAUGUAGGUGUGCUGUGCUGUUGAAUUGGUGAAUAAAAAUUGGAUUUGAAAUGGCA